AUGCCGUGGUUCUACUGCGACGAUUGCGGGGACACCAUCAAGAAGCCGAAGAUCCAGAGCCACACGUUCCAUCUCACCUUCGACCAAGAGACCGUCAAGGGUCACACGUCGUGCGUAACGGAGCACGAGAAGUACGCGGAGGGCGCCACCAAGCCCGGCGGCUACGCAGCGUCGGGGUUCCGGGACGAUGCGGGGGGCAAGAAGGCGAAGGGCCCCGGGGGCGAGAACGGCGAGGUCGUCGGGGCGGAGUACCUGAGCCAGCGUCCGCCGUGGCGGUGUUCCCUGUGCAACGUCACGUGCACGUCGCGCGACACGCUCCAGUCGCACGGGCAGGGCACGAAGCACUGUCGCAAGGGCACAGAGGAUGGGGCCGGUGGUGGGUCGGCGCGCGAGGGGGGGGGUGUUGAGGGGGCGCGAGCCGACGUGACGGAGCACAAGAAGGCGAAGAAGGAAAAGCAGGAGAAGAAGGAGAAGAAGGAGAAGAAGGAGAAGAAGGAGAAGAAGGACAAGAAGGACAAGAAAGAGAGGAGAGAGAAGAAGGAGAAACAAGUGGAGGAGGAGGGCAAGGGGGGCGCGGAGAGGGCGAAGAAGAAGCGAGACAGAGGCGCGGACGAGGCCGGCAAGUCGAAAAAGGAAAAGAAGAGGAAGGAGGAGGCGUAG